CUGUUCACUGCGACUGACUCUCAGCCUGCGAGUGACCUUGGACUGGCUGUGAGCUGUCCCCCACUCAGGGUUGAGUCCUCUCUGAAUCCCUGUCUGCUGGGAUGUGGCCAGUGAUGGGGAGCUCACUACCUCACCCAGCCACCCUCUCUGAUUGCCAGAGCUGAGAUUUCCUUUCCUGACACUUCAAGCCUCAGUCCUGAUUCUGUCCUCUGAGUCACCCCUAGAAAAUGGCAGCUCUCUUUUCCACAGCCUUGUAUUCCUCCCCAAGGCCCAUCUUCUCAGGGUGAACCCUUUGUCUCCUAGCUCUUUGAUCGCCUCCAAACCAGACCCUGAGUCUGUGCCACUGCUCCGGACCCCUGCCUCUCCCUGUCAGGACCCCUCACUCCCAUCCCACCACCCUUGGCUGGGCCUGGCUGUGAUCUCGGCACAUUCCUUCCAUCUUAUCAGUGCCCUGGUUUCUGUGCCACCUGUCAUCACCCAUGGGGCUCUGUGCCCAGGCCAGGGGCAUCACUGAUCCCUCCUCCUCCUCGGAGCCACAGUAUGUGGGCGGGGUAGGGGGGAAGGGUAGGGCUUUGAGCUCAAUACGUCAUGGAAAGUUGCCAGGGCCUGAGGACAGGGACAGGAACAAUCCGAUGGCAGCCGUAGCAGCGGGAUGGGGGUGGGGGGAGGGCGUGUUUACAGACCCAGGGUCGGGGCUGGACACUUCAGGGAGCAGGCUUGUGGAUGUGCGGAGUUGGGGUCGAGAGGCUGUGCCACCUUUGGCUCUGGUUGGACAGAGACUACCUUGUCCAGGCUCCCACCUUCUAGGAGAGACGAGGGGUUUGGUAGGGAGCGGAGGCCAAGGUCUUGGCCACGGGGAGAAUGACGAGCCCACUGGAGGAGGACCCUGAGCCCCAUGGGGCACUAAGCCCUGGGUCUGGGGACACCGGAGGCCAGGGCCCUGGGAGGGAUCCAAUACCCAGCCCUCGAGACUCACUGGCUUCAGAAGACUUAGAGAUGUUUGUGCUGGACUUUGAGGAUGGUGGCCUGUGGGAGUCCAUCAGGAGCCAGCUGGGCCCCUUGGCAGGACCACUAACUUGUCACCGACUGGAGGACAAUCCUGGUGUGCGGCGACACUUAGUGAAGAAGCCGUCCCGGACACAGGGUGGGAGGGGCAGCCCCAGUGGCCUGGCCCCCAUCCUUCGCAGGAAGAAGAAGAAGAAGAAGCUGGACCGGAGACCUCAUGAGGUGUUCGUGGAGCUGAACGAGUUGAUGCUGGACCGCAGCCAGGAGCCCCACUGGCGGGAGACAGCCCGCUGGAUCAAGUUUGAGGAGGACGUGGAGGAGGAGACGGAGCGCUGGGGGAAGCCCCAUGUUGCCUCGCUCUCCUUCCGCAGCCUGCUGGAGCUCAGGAGGACCAUCGCCCAUGGAGCUGCUCUCCUGGACCUGGAGCAAACCACCCUGCCGGGCAUUGCGCACCUCGUGGUGGAGACCAUGAUUGUGUCUGACCAGAUCCGACCAGAGGACAGGGCCAGCGUCCUGCGUACCCUGCUGCUGAAACACAGCCAUCCCAACGAUGACAAGGACAGUGGCUUCUUUCCCCGAAACCCAUCGAGCUCCAGCAUGAACUCGGUCCUGGGGAAUCAUCACCCAACUCCCAGCCAUGGCCCUGAUGGGGCGGUGCCUACCAUGGCUGAUGACCUGGGGGAGCCAGCCCCGCUCUGGCCACAUGACCCUGAUGCCAAGGAGAAGCCCCUCCACAUGCCUGGGGGAGAUAGUCACCGGGGGAAAAGCCUGAAGCUGCUGGAGAAGAUCCCUGAAGAUGCUGAGGCCACCGUUGUGCUUGUGGGUUGUGUGCCUUUCUUGGAGCAGCCGGCGGCAGCCUUCGUGCGGCUGAAUGAGGCUGUGCUUCUAGAGUCUGUGCUUGAGGUCCCUGUCCCAGUCCGCUUCCUCUUCGUGAUGCUGGGGCCCAGCCACACCAGCACCGACUAUCACGAGCUUGGGCGCUCCAUUGCCACUCUUAUGUCUGACAAGCUGUUUCAUGAGGCUGCCUACCAGGCGGACGACCGGCAGGACCUCCUGAGCGCCAUCAGUGAGUUCCUGGACGGCAGCAUCGUGAUCCCCCCAUCCGAGGUGGAGGGCCGAGACCUGCUGCGCUCCGUGGCUGCCUUCCAGCGAGAACUGCUUAGGAAGCGGCGGGAGCGUGAACAGACCAAAGUCGAAAUGACCACACGGGGCGGCUACACGGCCCCUGGGAAAGAACUGUCUUUGGAGUUGGGGGGCCCCGAGGCGACCCCUGAAGAUGACCCCUUGCUGCGGACGGGCUCGAUAUUUGGGGGGCUCGUGCGGGAUGUGAGGCGCCGGUACCCGCACUACCCCAGUGACCUGCGAGACGCCCUGCACUCCCAGUGUGUGGCCGCCGUGCUUUUCAUCUACUUUGCAGCCCUCAGCCCUGCCAUCACCUUCGGAGGGCUGCUAGGAGAGAAGACCGAGGGGCUGAUGGGCGUGUCCGAGCUGAUUGUGUCCACCGCUGUGCUCGGCGUCCUCUUCUCUCUGCUGGGGGCUCAGCCACUGCUUGUGGUUGGCUUCUCUGGGCCGCUGCUCGUGUUUGAGGAAGCCUUCUUCAAGUUCUGCCGAGCCCAGGACCUGGAGUACCUCACUGGCCGGGUGUGGGUUGGUCUCUGGCUGGUGGUCUUCGUCCUUGUGCUGGUGGCCGCCGAAGGCAGCUUUCUGGUCCGUUACAUCUCGCCUUUCACCCAGGAGAUCUUCGCCUUCCUCAUCUCACUCAUUUUCAUCUAUGAGACCUUCUACAAGCUGUACAAGGUAUUCACAGAGCACCCGCUGCUACCAUUCUACCCCCCUGAAGGGGCCCUGGAGGGGUCCCUGGAGGCUGGUCUGGAGCCAAAUGGCAGUGCCCUGCCCCCCACCGAGGGCCCCCGUGGCCCGAGGAACCAGCCCAAUACGGCACUGCUGUCACUCAUCCUCAUGCUCGGGACCUUCUUCAUCGCCUUCUUCCUGCGAAAGUUCAGGAACAGCCGCUUCCUGGGGGGCAAGGCUCGCCGCAUCAUCGGGGACUUUGGCAUCCCCAUCUCCAUCCUGGUGAUGGUCCUGGUGGAUUACUCCAUCACAGAUACCUACACGCAGAAGCUGACAGUGCCCACAGGGCUCUCAGUGACCUCUCCCGAUAAGCGCUCAUGGUUCAUCCCACCCCUGGGCAGUGCCCGUCCUUUCCCGCCCUGGAUGAUGGUGGCAGCCGCUGUCCCUGCCCUCCUUGUCCUCAUCCUGAUCUUCAUGGAGACACAGAUCACGGCGCUCAUCGUCAGCCAGAAGGCGAGGAGGCUGCUUAAGGGCUCCGGUUUCCACCUGGACCUGCUCCUCAUUGGCUCCCUGGGGGGGCUCUGUGGGCUGUUUGGGUUGCCGUGGCUCACGGCGGCCACAGUCCGCUCCGUCACCCAUGUCAAUGCACUGACAGUGAUGCGCACUGCCAUCGCGCCUGGUGACAAGCCCCAGAUCCAGGAGGUGCGGGAACAGCGGGUCACUGGUGUGCUCAUCGCCAGCCUUGUGGGCUUGUCCAUCGUCAUGGGGGCUGUGCUGCGUCGGAUCCCGUUGGCUGUGCUCUUUGGGAUCUUCCUGUACAUGGGGGUCACAUCCCUGUCUGGCAUCCAGCUGUCCCAGCGUCUGUUGCUCAUUCUCAUGCCGGCAAAGCACCAUCCGGAGCAGCCCUAUGUGACCAAGGUGAAGACAUGGCGGAUGCACCUGUUCACCUGUAUCCAGCUGGGCUGCAUCGCGCUGCUCUGGGUGGUCAAGUCCACGGCGGCCUCACUUGCCUUUCCCUUCCUGCUGCUGCUCACGGUGCCUCUGAGGCAUUGCCUUCUGCCCCGGCUCUUCCAGGACAGGGAGCUGCAGGCGCUGGACUCAGAAGAUGCUGAACCAAACUUUGAUGAGGACGGCCAGGAUGAGUACAAUGAGCUGCACAUGCCAGUGUGACCCUUGAAGACAGUGCCCCUCAGAGACCCCAAGACCUUAGGGAUGAACACCUGGGCCCCAGGCAGGGCCCAGCCUGGGCCAGGGGGCUCCUCAGGACCCAGAGAUGUGCCUGGAACCACAGAGUGGCCCCCGUGACUUCUGCCUGGGGCGUUGAUACGCCUCACCUUUCACAGACCAGACCGGCACAGGCUUUGAGCUCAUUAUAACCACACUCCUUGUCUCGUG